AUGUCAGAUGCCCUGAAGCACACUUUGUCCCUAUUGGCUAUGGGAAAUUUGAAAUCAGCCAAUCAUACGCUUUCUCACGGUGUCAAAUCUCUGUUGACACCAAUUCGAUUUAUCUCAUUGGUCGAUCAUAAAGCCCUCUGGUUUACCAAAGCAAUGCUUUCGAGAGCCAUUCGCACCAUCAUCAAAUUCGCCCUGAAAACGAAACUGAAACUAAAAAAUUCGCAAAUGUUAGCUCAGCGAGAAAAACCAAAUAUAUCUAAAAAUAGCCCGAUCAGUGAUCUGCCAUUUACUUACAAAUUAAACCAUCUUGACCUAAUUCUGGUAAUUCACGAUAUUCGAUUGGUCUCAAGUCUGUUGAGAUCGAAAUUAGGUCGCCAGCUGUUUCCUGUCAGAAUAUUAAAGAUUAAGAAUGUUAAAAAUUGUAAUGUUUCUCUGGAGAACGCUGUUCUGUGUCUGAUAAGUCUCUUUGCCAAUGCAUCGAAGAGCUUUCCACACUCACCCUCCUCAUCUUCCUCCUCCUCAUCAUCAUCAUCAUUGGAUCCUUGCACUAUAUCAUACGAGUGCGUUAAGUGCAUAUGCACUAACGAGGACACGUGUCAAGAGUGCUUCUGUACGGAGAAAGUCUUCCGCGCCUUGACAGGCUGCUGGCUAAAACAAAAUAGGAACGCGCACAGCGAUAGAGUUCGUUUUACAUCUUAUAACUGUCUCUUAAUAGUCAGUCAGUGGCGGAUCUUGACAACUUUGACGAGGGGCCCAAAAUUUUCAAGUGGGUCAAAAGGCACUAACCCCCUUGGCAUCCUAGAUCCGCCACUGCUAAUAGUACAUAAUAUGAUGAAUGUUGUGGAAAAAGCGUCUGAUUCGCUCUAUAGUGGCCGGGUUUCGAACCCGGCACGUGCCACACAACAACUUCGAUGCAUGGACAUCUUGUGCUCUAUCGCUUCCAAUGAAUCGGGACGGAAGUUUCUUUUGAACAGCAGGAUGAUGAUGGAUGGAAUGAAGAAUGAUGACGACGACGACGAUGCUGCUGCUAAUGAUGAUGAUGGUGUUAAUGACGAGGAAAAGAAGUUAAGCGGUAUUGAUAGUGAUAACGGAAGCGGAAGAGGUUUAAUAAGCAACAAUAACAACAUUAACAACAUCAACGACAACAUCAACAUUUGUUGCGCAUGUUGCAAACUCUUGCAAACGUUGCACCAACUUUGUUGCCUGAACGCCGGCGUAGAGCUUAUAAAAAAAUAUAAUGUACACCUCGUCAUCAAGAAUGUAUUAAACUACGUCAGUAGAGAGAUAGAAAACCAGGAGACGGCAACGCCGCGGGCCGGGAAUAAUAAUGAUGGGAAGGUCGAGGACCUCCCAGCGACGAUCAAUCAAAAAGAGGCUUUGCUCUUGGUUGAAUCAGAUUUGAUCGACAACUUGUUGAGACUCGUGACCACACCCACUGGCGUUGUUCUAGUGCAGUCAGAGGGGUUGAUGGAGGAAUGCGUCAAUCAGAUGCUCACUAGAUAUAAUAAAAAGUUGCAAAAUCAGAUUAAAUCAUAUCAACAAUGUAUUCUAAAGCAAAACAUAAACUUUUUUUUAUUUUAA